CAUUUUCUUUUCGUUCGUUUCAAGGCCGAGAGAUUUCUUCUUUUUACGACGUCGUUUUCACUGAGUGUGUUAGGGUUAGGGUUAGGGUUUGUUGAUUUGGGGAUUUGUUACUGGGAGUUGAUGUGUGAAACCCUAGAUGUUAUGAAGUAUCGUGUAGCUGUAUCGUUUGGGGUUGAGUUGAUCGACGGUUGAGAUCUCAUCAACGGAUGGAGGGAGGUAGCGUUUCUACACUUACUUCUUAUGGGAUAUACAGAUGGAUUACAAUGACAAUGAUUAUCAAAGUCAUUUAGGUGGUGAAGACAGCUCCAAAGUUUCCUCCGUUUUGCAUCCCUAUGCUCUUCCCAAGUUCGAUUUUGACGAUAGUCUGCAGGGGCAUUUAAGAUUUGACAGUUUAGUUGAAAACGAGGUUUUCCUUGGCAUCCCUACUCAGGAAGACAAUCAUUGGAUAGAGGAUUUUUCUCGAGGAAGUAGUGGAAUAGAGUUUAGUUCAAGUGCUACAGAUACUUGCUCCAUACCAAGACGUAAUGUCUGGUCUGAGGCAACAUCAACAGAAUCUGUUGAAAUGUUAUUGAAAUCGGUUGGUCAGGAAGAAAUGGUUCCAGGGGACACAAUUAUUGAGGAGUCAGAUGCUGGAAAUGAAUUGGGUUGCUUAAUCCAGCCAGCAGAAUCUAGUUUGAAGUUGGAUGAUAAAAGAGACGAUGUUAAAGACUCCAGCUCAGAAGCACAAGCUGAUGAGUCAGUUGAGUUUACUGGUUCAUUUUCUAGUUGUGAUAGAACAAAGAGGGGAGGGAUUCAUGUUGUAGGCACUCCAGAAAGACAGGAGGUGAAUCGUAUUGCUGAUGAAUGUUCUGAUAUUGCUGGUGAGAGAUGUUCAGGAGCUAAUACUGAGGAAAAGUUGCAGACUGACAUAAAAGGCGUUGAUGAGAAUCUAGGGGAUGCUAAAACACCACAAUUUGAAUCUCUACCUGAUAAAUCUGAUAGGCAGCCAUCCAUUCCUGUAAUUCAAAGUGCAAUUAACGAGCGCCUAACUGAUUCUCUUUCUGUGAGUUCAGAGAUUUUGUCUAGUCAGCAUAAUUCAACCAACUAUCAUAGUGGGAAUACAAGUGGUCCACCAAGUGAUCAUCAGAAACCAGUGGAGAAACUAAUCUCUCUGAGCAAAGACUCGAGUAUGGGUGAUGAAAAGUUGCAUGGAAGUGCCGUUGGAAGUGAAACUUGUAUAUCUAAGGCUUGUCCUCCCUCUCGUGCUGCUUCAGAACUGGAAGUAGUCAAAGAGCUUCCAAUUGAAACCAGAAUGAUUAAAUCAGAGGAACGUUGUGUGCAGAGGAAUGAGUGCAGUCUUACUACUGAGGCAUGCAAAGAAGAUACUUCUUCUGUCGAACUUCCUGAGACGGUCUUGAAAGAUAAGCUACAGGCUGAAGGUAAUAGCCUACUCUGUGAGGAUGAGGAGGCAUCAGUAAGUCAGGAUUGUUUAGAUAUGAGAGGCACGGAGAAUCAAGGAGGUAGCUCCAAGGGUGAGGCGGAGAAGGCCUCUGCUAUGCAGAUAUCAGAUAGACUGACUACUUCCACUGAGAAAGAGGAGAAUAAUCUGGACAGUCAUACCCCACUUAAUCUUGUCACUUCAGAGGCAUGUACAAUAUCAGAGAUCUCCGAGCCGUCUAAACAAAAUAACGGAAAUGGUAUUUAUUCUCCAGAAGGUCCGAGUAAUAUACAAGAGGCAUCUGUUUCUGCUGAACUUGUGGAGAGGCCAGUACCUGAGAAUUUAGAAACUGGAAAUGAUGCUGAUAGGCUCUCCAAAGGAUAUGCAUGUGCUGGAGACGACGUCUCCUUGUCUGUGCCUGCUGGAUCCAGGGACAUAUCUAGAGAAAGCUCCCCCCAUGUGGUUGAUGUCGAUAUUACUAAUGUGGAUGUCUCUGGUGGUAAGGAAAAGGAGGAAGUUCUGCCUGUAGAAAAUGAGAUGGAGAGAUCAUGUGUGCGUGACCAUGGGGUUAGUUCCUCUUCUGCAGGAGAAGAAUCUGAACAAAUCUCUGACCAAGGUCAUGGAUCACAAUUUGAAUCUUCCACAUUGAAAAAACAAGCAUCAAAUGUUCGGUUUGAAGGUAGGAACUUAAUCUUAGGUGGUGACUCAGUGAGGGUUCCGUUGCUUUCUGGUAGUAGUGCUAUUGCAACUGAGAUAGUUGAUCAUGAUGAAAAGCUGAAGCCAGUGUCGGUUAUGGGAGGUUCAGAGAAUUUUGCAGUAAAAGAAAAAAUGGAAGUUGUUCUCAGUGCGGAAGCAGAAGUGUCAACACUGAAGGAGUCUUCUGAGGGAGCAGGCCAGCUAGGUCCCCUUUCCAACAAUGGAAAAGAUGCAUCUGGUGACUGUCAUAUGGAAAUAGAACCCAUGAUUGUUGAUCAGAAUGUUCUUAUUCAGGAUAAUCCCGAUACAGCAAGCCACGUUGAGCAAGCAGCAAAUGCUGAAGCGAAUCGGGAGUCCUCUAGACAUGUGGAGGUAUGUGCAUCCAAUAGUGAUUCAAUCAUCAAAGAUGGUGCUGGUGCUGGGGCUGAGGCAGCGGCUCUUGAAAAGAAUCAGGAGAUGAAAGUAGAAACAGUGAAAUUGGGAGAAAUUGGAGUUGAGGGAAGCUCUGAUGUUGUUGGUGGACUUUCUGCAGCUGUCAUAAGUUGUCCUGCAGUUUCACCAAGUGAAAAGAAAACGACUGAGAGUAGAAGCAGGGCUGUAGUUGAGAAUGUUGCUCCCCUUGUCGGUACAAUUGAAAUUGGUAGGAAAGCACAGUCCACCUCCAUAAAUUCAGGAGAAAAUGCUUCCACUAAAGCAGAUACGAGCUUUACUUUUGAUGUAAGUCCAUUGGCUGGUAAUGCUACGGGAGAAGCUGACAAAUCAAUCACCAGUACUCAAGCCUGCCAGCCAACUGAGUAUGAAUUACAGUUGAAGGCUGGGGAUGGACUGCAUUUGACAUCUGGCAGCAAGCAAACUGAUUCUAAGAUUGUGCAGGAAAUUUCUCAUGGAAGUCCUCUGGUACCUGACAAAGGGACUCCGCCUGGGGGUGCUAAGGGUGAUCGCAAGGCAAGACGUGGCUCAGGGAAAUCAGCUAAAGAAAACCCUAGGAAGGGAAAACAAGUGAAGGAAAUAAGCUCAUCGAAACAGUCGGAUAGAGGAGACAGAUCUUGUGUUCAGCUUAGUCCCUCUGUGGCUGUGCAGAAAAUGCAAUUUGAAGCUGGAACUGCUGAGCGCAAUAUUACAAAAUCCAGCGGGGUUGUUUCAUUUCCAACUUCAAAUUUACCUGAUUUAAACACUUCUUCUUCUGCAUCCGUAUUGUUUCAUCAGCCUUUCACAGAUCUACAACAAGUGCAACUGCGAGCUCAAAUUUUUGUUUAUGGGUCUCUAAUACAAGGUACAGCACCGGACGAGGCUUGUAUGGUUUCAGCUUUUGGGACAUCUGACGGAGGCAGAAGUCGUUGGGACUCUGCAUGGCGUGCUUGUGUUGAAAGGAUUCGCGGAUUAAGAUCUCACACUGGAAAUAAUGAAACUCCUUCUCAUCCACGUUCAGAUGCAGGUCCCAGAACUCCAGAUCAAGCAAACAAACAGGCUGUGCAUCAAAAUAAGGUUACUACUUCAGCAGCUGGAAGGGCAGGCGGCAAGGCUACCAAUUCACCUGCUGUUAGUCCCAUGAUACCGCUUUCAUCCCCUCUUUGGAAUAUGCCUACCCCAUCACGUGAUGGGCUAUCGUCUGCCAGAGGAGCUGUCAUUGAUUAUAAGGCACUUCCUUCUAUGCAUCCGUAUCAGACUCCUCCAGCACGAAAUUUUGUGGGGCACACUGCCUCUUGGCCACCGCAGGUCCCUUUCCCUGGUCCCUGGGUUGCUUCUCCACAAACUUCUGCAUUUGACAUUAGUGCACAGCUUCCUGCAUUGCCUGUUACGGAGCCUGUGAAAUUAACAUCUGUAAAGGAGUCAUCCUUGUCCGUUCCUGCUGGUGCAAAACAUGCCACGCCUGGUUCGGUGGCUCGUGCUGGGGAUAGUGGUGUCCUGUCUGGAGCUUCUCCGCAUGACAACAAAAAGGCCUCAGUGUUGCCUGCUCAGUGUUCAACUGAUCAGAAAUCUAGAAAGAGAAAGAAGGCAUCCUUUACUGAGGAUCGUGCCCAAAAAUCUAAGCUUGGCACCUCUUCUGAAUCAGUUACUGGCCCUGCCAUUUGUACUCAGUUAUCAAGCAAGCCCCCUGCAUCUGAUGACUUUGGCCAGUUAUCAUCAGUUGCUGUUGCACCAUUGGUUGCUCAGAGCCAGACUGGACCUGCAUCUGUUCCCAUAAUUGGUGGCCAUUUUUCUACGUCGGUUGUCACUGCGGCACCUUCUAGCUCUGCACCUAAAAGUAAUUCUGAUAUACUGAUCACCUCUGCCCCGUCUUCCACUGAUCUCUCUAAGAGAGAGCUUGAUUUAGGAAAAAAGGCUACAACUUCAGAGUAUUUAAGCAAAGUUGAGGAGGCUAAGCUGCAGGCAGAGGAGGCUGCUGUGAAUGCUGCUGCUGCAGUUAGUCACUGCCAAGAUGUGUGGAGCCAGUUAGAUAAGCACAAGAAUUCUGAUUUGGCGUCGGAUGCUGAGGUUAAGCUGACAUCUGCUGCUGCUGCUGUAGCAGCUGCUACUUCUGUUGCAAAGGCAGCCGCUGCGGCUGCUAAACUUGCAUCAAAUGCUGCAUUGCAAGCUAAACUGAUGGCAGAUGAGGCAUUGGUAGCAUAUGGUGUGAGCAAUCCUUCUCAAACCAAUGCUGUCUCUUUCCCUAAUAGUGUGAACAACUUGGGAAGUGCUACUCCUGCUUCCUUACUGAAAAGUCAGGAUGUUGGCAAUGGUUCUAGUUCAAUUUUAUUUGCUGCUAGGGAGGCGUCGAGGAGAAGGAUUGAGGCAGCUUCAGCUGCAUCAAGGCAUGCUGAGAAUUUGGAUGCUAUAGUCAAGGCUGCGGAACUGGCAGCUGAAGCUGUGUCACACGCUGGGAAAGUUGUUGCGUUGGCCGAUCCUUUGCCUCUGACUCAAUUAGUGGAAGCUGGUCCAGAUAGCUACUGGAAAGUUUCCCAAACGCUCUCUGGGCAGGGUGUCAAGGCUAACAAGGUUAAUGGGGAUGAAUCACGUAUUCCCAUUGUCGAAAAGACUCCUGGCAUCUUUUCCAAGCGAUCUGAGGGUCUAUCUGUUGAAGAGAUGCAUCCCACGAUCCCUGUUUGCCAGCCUAGUAGUGCAUCUGGUAAUAUCAUAGAGGACGACACGCGGAAUGAAGAUGUUAUUCAAACUCCUAUUAUAGGUUACGAAAAGGAUGUAAGAGGAGCAAAGGGUCAUAGUAUGCCAGAGGUGGGUCAUACUGUAGGCCAAGUUGCUGAGUCAUCUCAUGAUCUGGUGGAAGCACGUGGAGAUGUGGCAAGCUCCAAGAUGCAAGAGGGUUCGCUCGUGGAGGUUUUUAGAGAUGGUGAUGAUGGCAAGAGAGCCUGGUACUCAGCCAAAGUGUUGACUUUAAAGAACGGAAAAGCUCUCAUUCGUAUCACCGACCAUCAGGCUGAUGAAGGAACUGAACAGUUAAAGGACUGGGUACCUUUAGAUGCUGGCAGUGAUGAUCCACCAAGAAUACGUCCUGCGCAUCCGGUGACUGCUCUUCAAGGAGGAAAAAAGAGACGAAGAGUAGCUGUUAAAGAGUAUAGUUGGUAUGUAGGAGAUAGAGUUGAUGCAUGGAUAGAUUACCGCUGGCGAGAGGGUGUCAUUGCUGAGAAGAACAAAAGGGACGAGACAACAUUUAGUGUCAACUUUCCAGCUUAUGGAGAUACUGCAGUUGUCAGAUCAUGGCAUCUCCGACCAAGUCUUGUAUGGAAAGACGGAGAGUGGGUUGAGUGGUCCAGGUCAAGACAUGACUUCUUGUCCCAGGGUGACACACCUAAGGAGAAACGAGUGAAGCUAGGCAAUCCGGCUAGUGAGGAUGCUGGAAAUGACGGUCUGUCGAAAAAAACGGAUCCAUUGGUGCCAUUGACAAAUGAAUCGGCAACAUUGCUUCCUUUGUCUGUCAAUGAAAAAACAUUUAAUAUGGGGAGUAACAAAGAUGACAAUAAGCCUAACACACUUCGAACAAUGAGGUCUGGUUUGCAGAAAGAGGGGUCAAAAGUUUUUGGUGUUCCUAAGCCAGGAAAGAAAAGGAAGUUUAUGGAAGUAAGCAAGCAUUAUGUUUCAGACAAGGCAACUAAGAGUAAUGCGACACAGGGUUCAGCCAAGUUUACAAAAUAUUUGAUGCCUCAAGCAACAGGCGCUGGUGGAUGGAAAAACAAUUCUAGGACUGAUCUGAAGGAGAAACAAGUGAUUGAAGCUCGACGGAAACUUCCUAAACCAAGUAAGCCUCCUGGUUCAGCUAGAAAUUUGAAGGAUAAUAGUAUUACAUCCACUGGAGAUGCUAGCGGAGCUGACCACACGGUAGGUGAUGCAAUUGUGUACGAUAAGCAUGAAGCACGACAGCCUAAUGUGGUCAAUUUUGCGUCACAUGCGGAAGAAGGGGCUGAAGGUCCCGUGAAAUUUCGUUCUGAAGUUCUUCCCACCAACAUCCCAAAGAAAGCUUCAACAUCAUCUAACAGAGGGGAGGGCAUGAAGAAGAAAAUCCCUGUAUCGAAUCUGACGUCGAGUAAAGUUGAAGUAAAGGACAAAAUGACACCUGAAGUUGGUGAACCCCGCAGAUCCAACCGAAGAAUCCAACCAACAUCAAGGUUAUUGGAGGGACUUCAGAGCUCACUGAUUAUCUCUAAGUUUUCAUCUGGUUCACAUGAUAAAAGUAGCAGAAGUCACACCAGAGGUGCAUCAAGGUAAUAUUCAAGGCAGAGAAGUGCUUUCAAAUUUUUCUGCUCAGCCCAGAUUAUCUAUUUAGCUAUCGAUGAUUAGGAUGCCUAGUUUUAAAUGUUUUCUUGUACAUUUAUUAUAGAGAUGAAAACUGGGAAUGGGAAGUUCUCACUUCCUGGCUGUAAAAUUUAGGCAGUAGAUGUUCAUAAUGAUUUAGUCCUUUACAUAAUUUGUGAAGGACCGUGCUAGCCGGAAUAGGUUGUAAAUUGGGACUCCUUGAUGUCAGUGGUUAAAAAUUGCUAGAGUUGUUUUGAAACAAAUCCAUCUUCAAAUAUUUGCAGCCUUUGACACCAGACAA